AUGACAGAGAAUACGCGUCUCCAAACAUUGCAAGCUACAAUUUCUCGUUUAACCGAGCAAUCGGAUGGCUACAUCGAGCAAUUCGCCUCUCACACACAAAGAAUUAGUUCGUUACAGGAGCAGUUUGCCCAGCACUUGGCAGAAUUCCUGAGACGCAGACCGUCCUCCCCUGUCUUUGGCCACCCUCGGCAGAUGAAAGUGGAUUUCCCUCGUUUCUCUGGCGCGGAGGAUGUCUUCCAAUGGAUUUAUCACGUGGAACGCUUCUUCCUGAUCUAUGAUAUCCCGGAGGACCAACGAUUGGAUCUGAUGGCCGUCAAUUUGGAGGGCCGGGCCCUUGCUUGGUUUCAGAUGUGGGAGAGACUCGAACCUAUGGCUGAUUGGCUUGCCAUCUCCACUGCCUUGCAAAAGCAAUUCGGGCCGUCCCAUUUUGAAAACCCCCGAGAGGAGCCACUGAAAUUGAAACAAUCCACCACGGUGAAUGCUUACUUUGAAUCCUUUAACGACCUAGCCGCCCGUGUAUAUGGCUUAGAUGAUGCUUUGCUUUUGGAUUGCUUUGUGGGUGGUCUUCAUCCGGAAUUGAAACGGGAGGUGAAAGCCCGUUCAUCGAUCUUUUUGUUGCAAGCGGUUUCUCUUGCCAAAUUGUUCAAGGAAAAGUUUCUGCCCCACACCCAACGCUGGCGUUUUGCCGUUGCUCAGACACUGCAACCGCCGGCUCGACCUACCACCACCCUAGCCCCAAAACCACUCACUACUGUUUCCCCUGCACAACCACUGCCUCAAAAUCCUCCACUGCUUCCCACCCCUCCAAAGCCUAACACAAUGCACAAAUUAACCUCGAUGGAGAUACAGUUUCGGCAAGAAAAAGGCAUAUGUUUUACCUGUGACGAGCGUUAUUCCCCUUCCCAUAAAUGUGCUUCCAAGCACUAUUUUCUUAUCCAAACUGUAGAGAAAGUCCCUACUGAUCAGGACUCUGCAAUUGAAAUUUCUGAAGUGGACCAAAUCCCGCCGGUACUAGCUGAGGACAGGUCGAGCCCCUCCACCUUUCGUACAAUGCCAUGGCCGGCAUCCCUGCCCGACGGUCGAUUAGUGCCCGUUCAUCAUUCCCCAAGAUUCAAGGUUGAGGUGGGAAAUGAUGCUUUUCUCCAAUGCGAGGGUAAGGUUCGUGAUUUACCUAUUUCCAUUCAGGAUCAUUUGCUUCUUAUAUCGGCUUUCGUACUUCCCAUUGCUAGUGAGGAGCUGGUUUUAAAGGAUAUUUGGCUUAAGACACUCGCCACCCAUUUGGUAAAUUACAGGGAAAAAUUCAUUACCUUCAUGGUUGGGGCUGAAAUGGUUACUUUGCAGGGUGAAAAAGAUGUCAACCCGGCCCCGGCACAAUUUCAUCAGUUGCGGCAUUUGCACAUAAGAGAUGAGAUUAUGGAAAAGUAUACACUCCAGCUCCAUGAACCGGUUACAGACACCCCUCCUCUUUUGGAAUUACCUUCUGAUUUGGUGCCCAACUUGGCUACUAUAUUACGGGAUUACUCAGUUGUUUUUCAGGUUCCAAAAGGCUUGCCCCCGCCGAGAGUACAUGAUCACACCAUUACCUUGUUGCCCGAUACGACGCCUAUUAAGGUCCGCCCUUAUCGAUAUCCUCAUAGGCAAAAGGCUGAGAUUGAGUAG